AUCCCAAAGCUAGAGAAGAGAGAGAAACAAUAGGGAUAGAGAGAGAAUAAGGAACGAACACUUGAGAAAGGGGAAAAUUCUAGGGUUUUGCGGGGAAAUCUCUCUGCUUGAUUCGUUGAUUUGGCUGCUGACCACUCUGUUUGUAGCGGGUUUUUGGUCGUUUUUCUCUAUCUUUGAGGUUCAGUGAGAAUCGUCGAGGUUUUGUUCCGGAUCUGUGGGAGAAAAGAAUUUUUUCUCAAUCAGAAGGGGUUUAGGGUUUCCGUGAUCUCUCCGCCGGUCUCCACGCCUUCGCUGUGAUUUUAGCCCCCGCCGUUACUGUUCUCGGGGUCUCCUGUCCCUUGGAGACUAUGGAAGAAGUUCAGGUUCAGCCUCCUGUCACUCCAUCGAUCGAUUCCAACGGGAAAGGGGGUGAAAUGGAUGUUACUGAAGCAUCUUUCAUGGACUUAUGCGAGAAAGAACUCUCUAUUGAGGAGAACAAGUGCACUGAAGCUUUGACGUUGUUUAAAGAAACUAAACAAAUUUUAUCAGCAAACACUUCUAGCAUUGGAAGCGGAGCGGUGGAAGAAGCAGAGAGGUUUUGGUUUGCGUUUAUCCUGUAUUCUGUGAAAAGGCUAAGUGAGAGAAAAGAAGGGGAACUUCAGGGGGUGUCUGGUGAUAAUGGGUUUAAUUUAUGCCAAAUACUGAGGGUUCUAAAGCUAAACAUUGUGGAUUUCUUUAAGGAGUUGCCUCAGUUUGUGGUGAAGGCUGGCCCUAUCUUGCGUGAACUAUAUGGCACAGACUGGGAGAACAGGCUUCAGGCGAAGGAGUUGCAAGCAAACUUUGUGCAUCUUAGCCUUCUAAGCAAAUACUACAAGCGUGCAUAUCGGGAGUUCUUCUUGACAAAUGACUCUAAUGCAGAAAAGGAUUCUUGUGGUGAAACCACUGCUAGCUAUAUGUCAGAUUAUUUCCGUUUUGGAUGGCUGUUGUUUUUGGCACUCCGAGUCCAUGCAUUCAGCCGUUUUAAGGACCUUGUUACUUGUACAAAUGGCUUAGUUGCUAUAUUGGCUAUCUUGAUUAUGCAUGUCCCUCAUCAAUUUAGGAAUUUCAGCCUUCAAGACUCUCGACGGUUUGUUAAAAGAGAUGGCAGAGGCAUAGAUCUACUUGCUUCACUUUGCAACAUCUAUGACACUUCUGAAGAUGAGUUGAAGAUCACGAUGGAGAAAGCAAAUAACCUUAUAGAAAAAAUAUUGAAGAAAAAACCUUCUCUUGCAUCCGAGAGUCAAACUGACAAACUAGAAAAUAUUGAUCCAGAUGGCUUAGUCUAUUUUGAAGAUUUAUUGGAUGAGACAUCCAUCUCAAGUAGUUUAAGUAUGCUAGAAAAAGAUUAUGACGAUGCAAUCCGUAACAAAGGUGAACUUGAUGAGAGGAUGUUCAUCAAUGAAGAGGACAGCUUACUUGGUUCAGGAAGCUUAUCUGGAGGAGCUGUAAAUAUAACUGGUGUCAAGAGGAAAAUUGAUUUGUUGGCUUCACCAGCAAGGACUGUCACAAGUCCACUCUCUCCUCAUCGGUCACCCUCCACUUCUAAAACAAAUGGUGUUAAUAAUAACAACAAGACAAUAGCAACACCAGUGAGCACAGCGAUGACAACUGCGAAGUGGCUCCGGACUGUUAUAUGCCCACUUCCAUCAAAACCUUCUCCUGAGUUGGAACAUUUCCUGAAAUCAUGUGACAGAGAUAUAACGAAUGAUGUCACUCGGAGAGCACAUAUAAUACUGGAGGCUAUAUUUCCAAAUAGUUCCCUUGGUGACCGAUAUGCAAGCGGAAGCCUACAAAGUGUUAACCUGAUGGAUGACAUAUGGGCGGAGCAAAGGAGAGCAGAAGCCCUCAAACUAUACUACAGGAUUCUCGAAGCAAUGUGUAAAGCAGAAGCCCAACUUUUGCAUGCGAGCAAUUUAACCUCUUUAUUGACAAACGAGAGGUUCCAUAGAUGCAUGCUUGCAUGCUCAGCUGAAUUGGUUCUGGCAACCCACAAGACCAUAACAAUGUUGUUCCCCGCUGUUCUGGAGAGGACUGGCAUCACUGCUUUUGAUCUUAGCAAGGUGAUAGAGAGUUUUAUCAGACAUGAAGAUUCUCUUCCUAGAGAGUUGAGACGACACUUGAACUCGUUGGAGGAACGUCUCCUAGAGAGUAUGGUGUGGGAAAAGGGCUCAUCAAUGUACAACUCUCUGAUUGUUGCUAGAUCAUCCCUUUCAUCAGAGAUAAAUCACCUAGGACUGCUAGCCGAACCCAUGCCCUCUCUAGAUGCAAUUGCUGCACUUAUUAACUUCUCUGGAGGAUCAUAUCCUGCAUCCUCUGUCCCAAAGCAUGAACCUUGCCUCGGACAAAAUUUGGAUAUCAGAUCACCCAAAAGACUCUGCGGUGACUACCGGAGUGUUUUAGUGGAACGCAAUUCCUUUACGUCACCAGUUAAGGAUCGCCUAUUAACACUUGGAAACCUUAAAUCCAAGAUGCUGCCACCUCCUCUGCAGUCUGCCUUUGCCAGUCCGACACGGCCAAACCCGGGAGGGGGAGGAGAAACCUGUGCAGAAACCGGGAUCAAUAUUUUCUUCACAAAGAUCAAUAAAUUGGCUGCUGUCAGAAUCAAUGGGAUGGUUGAAAGGCUACAGCUUUCGCAGCAAAUGAGGGAGAGCGUGUAUUGUCUCUUUCAGCGAGUACUUGGUCAACGUACUUCUCUUUUCUUCAAUCGACAUAUCGACCAGAUAAUUCUUUGUUGCUUCUACGGAAUGGCUAAGAUAUCCCAAAUGAGCCUGACUUUUAGGGAAAUAAUAUACAACUACCGGAAGCAACCUCAGUGCAAACCACAAGUUUUCCGCAGCGUUUUUGUUGAUUCCCUACAAGGACGCCGACCUGGGGUUUCUACUGUUUCACAGAGAGUAGGACCAGAUCACGUCGAUAUAAUCACGUUUUACAACGAAGUAUUUAUUCCCACAGUAAAGCCAUUGCUGGUGGAGCUCGGUCCUGUACGGACACCUACAAAAGACAACCGAAUGGCAGAGGCCACCAACAAGCUUGAGGGUCCAUGUCCAUGUCCUGGUUCCCCGAAAGUAUCUGCUUUUCCAAAUGUCCCGGACAUGUCCCCGAAGAAAGUGUCGGCAACUCAUAAUGUCUAUGUUUCUCCUCUUCGCACAUCAAAGAUGGAUGCACUGAUAUCACACAGCUCGAAAAGCUACUACGCGUGUGUAGGGGAGAGCACUCACGCCUUCCAGAGCCCUUCAAAGGACCUCUCCGCAAUCAACAGCCGCUUGAACAACAGUAAUAAUAAGCCGAAGAGAUCGCUGACGUUUGAAGUGGACGCUGGUUUGGUGAGCGAUUCCAUGGUUGCUACCACUCUCCUCCACGUCCGCAACGGUACCACCUCUUCUUCCUCUUGUUUGCCCCUCCCUAAGACAGAGCAUCCUGACUCUUGAUCCAUUUCUCUCUCUCCUUUCAAAAAAAAAAAAAAGAAUCUCCUCUUCUUCUCUUCUUGCUCCCUUUUUUUUUUUUUUUUGUAAAGCCUUUUGUGUUUGUUUCCCUUCUUUGGGGGGAUUAGGGUAAUUUAUGGUAUGUGCGGUGGUGGGUGUCUUGUUCAUUGUAGCCUCCAUUUUACCCUGUUUUUUUUUUUUUUCAUGUCAUGCAUCUUGGAGGAACUCUAAGUCAGGAAAUCUAACAUGCCUAAUAAUGAAAGCCUCCCACCCAUUGUUGAAAGGUUU